UAUCAGCACGAAAAAAUUGCGGGGAAGUUUGCUCUGUCGCACAUGUGAGAGAUGCCGUGCAAUAGCUUUGACGGUGUUGUCUUUUGAUAACCUGAAUAUUUAAUUAGCUCAACAAAGCUGCAUCCAGGGAAUCUACAAUGAAUAUAUUCGAGCCCGCGUAUGUGACCAAUUUUGCGGGCGCCGCAAACUGCUUUUCGGCUGUCAGUUGGUCAUCUCAUAACAAGUUGUGCGCAAUAACCAAUGAAGCGAUACGCGUUCUGGGUUCACCUUGUUCUCCUAGUGAGAGUGGAUACCCUCUCCAGUUCAACAAGGCUCGGAUACCGAAUCCAGACAAACCAUUUGAUAUCGCCACAACUCCCUAUGACCGCCAUCUUGAGCACCUAGACGUUGAUGAUCGGCACUCACUGAUGCUGGACAUCACGCUUUCACCUGACAGCGCCAAUGCCGUCCUGCACAAGACAUACCAUAGGGCACUGUGGUCUCCAAUGCAUUUGGGUGGCAAGAACCGAUGCCUUCUUGCAACACUUACCCGGGACCAUCGAAUUCAGAUCUUCCAUGAGCGUAUCGAGGCACACUGGGACUGCCUGGCAGAACCGUCUCAAGUGCAUUAUGAACAGACCAAAGAGUCAUGGACCGCACCUCGUAGGCAGAAGAAGACCGAGAAGCCUGCUGCCUACUCAAAAUAUGUCUUUGACCUCCUAAAGGAGAGGAGCUACUCUGUGGCUGCCCUCGAAAUUGUUUGGUCUCAUGUCAUGGAGGGUGAUGACGCAAAGUUGUUUGCUCUCCUCAUGGGGGUCACUCGUGGUGGGCAACUUCUUGUAUGGAAGGUACCAGCUCUUAAUGGUGACCAGAGUUUGAAGGUUGAGCUUUUGAAGGAAGAAAAAACUAACAUCAUGCGUGCUGGACGGCUUUGUUGGCACAAAACAACCAAGACUUCUGGUCUUUUGGUGGCAGGCUCCGAUGAUGGUAGUGUGACCCUGCGAACAGUAACAGUUUGCAGUGGAGGAGAUGAAAAAGUGAAGCUGGGUGAACCACUUGCCCUCUGGGAAAGUGACGGGAGACCAGCACAACACGCAGUUUGCACACGCAGCAAAGGGGACAGCUGCCUGGUGUGCGUGGCCAAGGGACGCUUGCUGUACUGUUUUAAAGCGACCGUGGACGCUGACACGGGCAGGGCACAGCUACUCCACAGCACUGUCAUCCGUGAUGCCUGCGUGGCUUCGAUCACAGCCCUUGACAAGUGCCUCUCAAAUGAGGACAACCUGCACCUGCUCGUAUGCACAAUGAAUGCAGAGAUUGUAAACGUUUACGUCGAUAGCGAUCUCAACUUCAGCAUUGAGAAACUACACAUAGAGCUGCCCUGGAUGCUUCAACCUGUAGGCCUGGCUGUCUCACCUAAUGGCAUCUACUUCGCAGUGUUUUAUCACAUCACCACAAUGGUCCAUGAAAAUACCGUCAAGGAGCCACUACAGCUGAUGAUCUACAACCGGAGAGAUGCAGCCGAUGUGUCCAAGUUGCUUCUUAGUGAGGCUGGAAAGCACAACACUACAACAGAUAUCCAGCUUGUGAAUGUUGCAGACUGCCUUGACCGCAUUCACUCGUACAGCUGUGGCAAAGCUGACCUUAUGGAGGAACUGAAGCUAUACAUGGCAGAUGUCUGUGCGCUUGCAUCAUUGGACAGUGUCUCCAGAUUUGGACUUCAGUUGUUCUGUUUUCUCAAGCGGAUGGAAGGAACCAUAACCAAAUCUACUGAGAUGGACCAACACCUCACCAGGGCACGUAUGGAGCUUUUGCGCCGACACAUUGUGGCCACUGUCAGCACUUGCAAUGCCGGCCAACUCACCGAACCUCAGAAAACAUCACUACGGCUUUUCUGCAACUGGCUGACCACCUCAGGUGCCGAGCUAAGAGAGCGGAUCUCUGAGCUUUUCACCUCCUCUGAGCCAUUGGCCAGUGUUGUGGCCUCCGCUGUUGAAGGAGGACUCAUUUUCGAAGAGUGUGCCAUUUGCGGGGAUGGCAUCCCUUUCCAAGAGCUGAGCCACGGGACGUGCGGCCAGGGCCACCGAUUUGGCAGGUGCAUCAACUCGCUGUUGGUGUGCAAUGGCACUCCUCCUAGGUGGUGCAGUACCUGUCAGCAGUUUCAACAGCGCAAAAUCAUCUGGCCAGACGGCACGAUCUGCCUGUAUUGUGGCAAGGGGCUUGUAUAACUUAGCCAACCAGUGACGAGUGUUUGUGUACCUACUUCAAAGAGCUCCUCGGACAUGCUUUGUCUGAACAGGUCCAAUUCCACCCAUCCUUUGUUCCCCUUGGCACUCCUCAUGUGCUACCUCCAUCAGCUGCCUGUGUAAAAUUUCUGCAAGCCACAGUGCCGACCACAGCCCCAUGCCUGCUCAUAACCUGCUGCAUUACUCAGAUCUGCUGGAAGGAAUACUGGAGAAGGGAAAUGGUGGAAUUAGCAUGAGUGACAGCUCGGACGUCGACGCACAGAUCAAAGGUCGUAGUGGCACAAGAUGGUGAUCCAUGACAUUUUAGUGCCCACUUGCUUUGCAACUGUCACUUGGGUGUACAGUUGUUGCUUGUGUAAAUAACUCGGGACCUCUAUUUUUAUGCAUAUUAAAAAGAAGCAGUCUCAGAA